UCCGCCGCACGUGUGUACGCGCACACGUGCUUCCGGCUGGGUGUAAGAGAGAAAGAGAAAACAGACGGGGGGAGAUAACGGCUUUUAGGAGAGUUUAGGAGGAGCGGAUACACAGAUAUUAUGCUGCACCGGGGAGAGGCAGGGACACUGGUUCUAACGUGGAGCUGGUCGCUAUGCCAGGUCUCGGAAGGCUUUUAGGUGACGACAUGUCGCCGCUGUAGGUGCUAUUUAAAAUAAACACAGGUAAUUUAUUCGUUCUUACUCCAGCGAAAAGCUUGUUUUUACAUGCCGUCCGUCUAAAUUGGAUACCGAAGGGGGGCGGGAGAGCGAGCAACAAGUGGAGUUUGGGCGCGGAGAGGGCCGACAUUUCCCAGCUAUGGAAGAGCAAAAGGAGCCCAACAGCGGCCGGGACUCGACCGAGGAGGAGAGCAUGUCCCUGUCGCCGAACCUCCCAUCCCCUCCCAUGAUUUUGCCCCACCAGGUCGCGCAGCAGGCCCACAGAACCACGAACUUUUUCAUAGACAACAUCCUCCGGCCGGACUUCGGCUGCAGGAAGGAACCGAGCUACCGCGACCGGAGCCAGACGCUGGGCAGGGAGAACGUGAACCCGCUGGGAGCGAGGCCGCCGCACGCCGGCAGCCUCUGCCUGGACUCCAACUGCAGCAGCGACAGCACCUCGUCGUCGCCCUCCUCCUCUUCCUCCUCGUCGUCCUCGUCGUCCACGUCCUCGUCGCCUUCGUCCAAGCAGAACUCGUCGAAACAGGGCGAAGCGGCGAGCAACGGGACUGGCAGAUACGCAGACAGCCCCUCGUCAAUUAUGGUUAUGAGUGGCAGCAAUGGAGGCUCUCCGCCCAUCACGAAAGAAAGCCAGCCGAUGUUGUGGCCCGCUUGGGUUUACUGUACACGGUACUCGGACCGGCCGUCAUCUGUCUCCACUGCAGGCCCAAGGACACGGAAACUGAAAAAGAAGAAGAACAGCAAGGAGGACAAGCGGCCCAGGACAGCGUUCACGGCCGAGCAGCUGCAGAGACUGAAAAACGAGUUCCAGGCCAACCGGUACAUAACGGAGCAGCGGAGACAGUCUCUGGCCCAGGAACUGAACCUGAACGAGUCCCAGAUUAAAAUCUGGUUCCAGAAUAAGAGGGCCAAGAUUAAAAAGGCCACCGGCUACAAGAACGGCCUGGCCCUGCAGCUCAUGGCUCAAGGACUGUACAACCACUCCACGACCACCGUGCAGGAGGACAAGGAGGAGAGCGAAUGAGCUGAGCCUCCUGCUGAGGGGGGCCGCCGGACUCUUUUUGGAGCUAAUGAACAAAAACUGAACAGGAAGUGGAGGAAACGCUAUUUAAAAACACAGAUGUCUGUUUAUGGUAACAGUAUAUGGACAUAAUUAUAUAAAUGAACGAUCGUUAUUAAAGUUUAUAUAGCCACACAGUUAUCAUGUUGUAUACAGUAUAUUUAAUUUCAGGCUCAUCUCUUCAUCCGGGUCUUUUUCCAGGCCGUUCUCAUUGUUUUUAGGAUGUCUAAUAGGCUCGCUAGUUUUUUGUGGUCCCCCCUCCUCCCCUCCUCCCUCUUGUCCCCCAUAGAUGCGCCACAUUUCCCUCCAACACGUCAGUCCGCAGACUCAAAACAAGCCAAAGAUUUUAAUAUGUUCACAUGUAGUCUGAAAUAAAGGAAGAGAACGGUA